AUGCUUGAGAAAAGAGGGGCUUCAUGGUGCCAGAGACAAACGAGAAGAAUCGUUCUCUUUUCCCUUGAACUUUCCAUGAGUAAACACAAGUCUUUUGCUCAGGAAGGCAUUUCCCUUCAACAGACCAUUGUUACUUCCCCGUCUCUUUCUCGCUCUUUUUUCAGCAGAAGUCAAAAGAUGCAAUUGUUUGUGAAGAAUUUAUCUGGGCAAACCCUCACCUUUGAGGUGCAGGACUCUGACACUGCUGCCAAUGUUAUGGACAGUAUCUAUGCCAGAGAUGGAAUCCCUCAAGAUCUUCAAAGACUUGUCUAUAGUGGAAAACAGCUUGAUGAGAGUGCCAAACUUUCAGAAUAUGGUCUGUCCACAGGAGCCACACUUCACUUGUUGCUCCGCUUACCUGGUGGUAUCAUUGAGCCCAGUUUACGUAUGUUGGCCUCUAAGUACAACUGUGAGAAGAUGAUUUGCCGAAAAUGCUAUGCUCGCCUCCAUCCACGUGCCACCAACUGCCGUAAGAGGAAGUGUGGUCACAGCAACAAUCUUCGCCCCAAAAAGAAGCUGAAAUAG